AAUCAGUAUGAGGAAACCUUGGACCUAGGUAAAAAGGGCCAUUGUGCGUUUGGAUUCUGGUUUGGAUGGCAGCAGUAUUUAAAAAUGCAUUCUCAGAUAUUAUGUAAAGGUGCGUUAUCGGCUGUCGCUGCGAGGAGAUUGCGGAAUAUUCUGGGAGCAGUCCUAGGAAGAAACGGCUGGACGUGGAGAUCUCAUGAGGUCAAACUUUUCAACACGUCGUCAGGUGAAACAGUGAAAAUAGGAGAGAUCUCUUACCAACUCAAAACACCACGGAAUCCAGAACUUGUGCCACUUAAACACAUUUCAGACUCCUUGCCUCAGACAGUGGCCCAGCACCUGCGAUGGAUCAUGCAGAAAGAUCUGCUGGGGCAGGAUGUGUUUCUCAUUGGUCCCCCAGGACCUCUUAGACGCUCCAUAGCCAUGCAAUACCUGGAGCUGACUAGACGGGAGGUCGAGUACGUAGCUCUGUCCAGGGACACCACAGAGACGGAUCUCAAACAGAGAAGAGAGAUUCGCUCAGGAACGGCCUUCUACCUAGACCAGUGUGCUGUGCGGGCGGCAACAGAGGGUCGCAUCCUGGUGCUGGAGGGGCUGGAGAAGGCAGAGAGGAACGUUCUGCCCGUCCUCAACAACCUUUUGGAGAACAGGGAGAUGCAGCUGGAGGACGGACGCUUCCUCAUGUCCGCUGAGCGCUAUGACAAGCUGCUGCAGGAGCACACUAAAGAGGAGCUAGACAGCUGGAAGAUUGUCCGCGUGAGCGAAGACUUCCGGGUCAUCGCUCUGGGACUUCCUGUCCCCAAGUACAAAGGCAACCCCUUAGAUCCGCCGCUCCGCUCCAGAUUUCAGGCCAGAGACAUCUACUACUUACCCUUCAAGGACCAGUUGGAGCUGUUGUAUGCAGCAGGACCAAAUGUGGCUGCGGAAAGGGUGUCCCAGGUGCUGUCCCUGGCCACCACUCUCUGUUCCCAGGAGUCGUCCACCCUUGGCCUGCCUGACUUCCCCGUGGACAACCUGCCAUCUGCCCUCCAAAUGCUAAACGUCUUCCCCAUGCUUUCCUCCCAGCAGCUGAUCCAGAGACUCUACCCCUACAAAAGCAUACUGGGCAAGGAGGGACGCACUGCUGUUGAGGGUGUCCUCAGUAGGUUUGAGCUUUUGGAUGUACGUCAUCAGCCAUGUCCAAGUGCCAUCUUGAGCGUGGCCUUGGCCAGAGACCAGGAGGGCCACGCCGAUGUCAUGCUACGCCUCGCAGACAAAGAUGUGUCUUUUCAGGUCCCAUCAGGCACCAACGAGCUGCGCCCACCUAACAGAAGUCUACACUUCAUCAGUACACCAAGCCAUGCCCAGCUGCUAGCUGAGAUGAUGCAGUCGCAUAUGGUCAAAGAUAUGUGUCUCAUAGGGCCUAAGGGAUGUGGCAAGUCGGUGAUUGCCAGGGAGUUUGCUGAGAUGCUGGGUUACAGGAUAGAGCCUGUCAUGCUCUACCAGGACAUGACGGCCAGGGACCUGCUGCAGCAGAGAUACACCCUCCCUAAUGGGGACACAGCAUGGAGGGCCUCUCCGCUGGUCACUGCCGCCCAGGAGGGCAAGCUGCUCCUGCUGGACGGCAUACACAGAGUUAACCUUGGAACCCUGGCUGUACUCUCCAGGUUGCUCCACGACCGGGAGUUGGCUCUCUAUGAUGGGACCAGGUUGUUAAGGUGGGACAGAUACCAGGCCUUGAAAGAGCAACUGCAGUUUACCGACCUGCAACUUCAGGAAAGGUCCAUCUUCCCCAUCCACCCAUCUUUUAGGGUUCUGGCCCUGGCGGAGCCCCCUGUGGUGGGGACAGGUAAUGGCAGCAGCAGCAGUAGUGGUGGUGCCCAACAGUGGCUGGGUCCUGAGGUGCUGACAAUGUUCCUCUAUCAUACUGUAACACCGCUGGCCAGAGCAGAGGAGAUCAGCCUCAUACAGGGACUGACUCCCCAUGUUCCUACAGAAUCAGUGGAGCAGUUGCUGCAUCUCACACACAGCCUACGCAAGACAAACGACCCCACGGCCCAGUCUCUGGCCUCAUCUCUCUCCACAAGACAGCUGUUGAGGAUAUGUCGCCGUCUCUCUCAGUACCCUGAGGAGAGCAUCGCUCAUGCUGUCAACAAGGCCUGCCUUUCCAGGUUCCUGCCCAGCCUAGCCCGCGCCUCUCUCCAGAAGAAUAUGACCAACUGCUCUAUCCAGGAAACACCAGAACCUGCUGAACUCAACCACAGCUGUACAAUUGAGGAUGGCAUGUUGACUAUUGGCAGUGUGUCCUCUCCGGUCUACAAACCCAGUGAGAAAAUGAAGGUUCCUAAUGUGCUCUUUUACGAUAACUCACAGCACAUAAUGGUUAUGGAGGACAUGUUGAAAGACUUCCUAUUGGGAGAGCACCUGCUGCUGGUGGGAAACCAGGGUGUAGGUAAGAAUAAAAUAGUCGAUCGAUUUCUUCACCUUCUGAACCGACCCAGGGAAUACCUACAACUCCACAGAGAUACAACAGUCCAGACACUAACCCUACAGCCCUCUGUCCGAGAUGGCAUCAUAGUAUAUGAGGACUCACCACUGGUGAAAGCAGUGAAGCUUGGCCACAUCCUAGUAAUUGACGAAGCUGACAAAGCCCCCACCAACGUCACCUGCAUCCUCAAAACCUUGGUGGAGAACGGAGAGAUGAUCCUGGCUGACGGACGCAGGAUCGUGUCAAACCAAUGUGAGGCCAAGGGGAGGCCCAACGCCAUCGUCAUGCACCCAGACUUCCGGAUGCUCGUCCUGGCUAACCGACCGGGCUUCCCCUUUUUGGGGAACGACUUCUUCGGAGCCUUAGGUGACAUCUUCAGCUGCCAUGCAGUGGACAACCCCAAGCCACGGGCAGAGCUGGCCAUGCUGAAGCAGUACGGCCCGGACGUCCCAGAUGCCACACUGGAGAAGCUGGUGGCAGCCUUCGGGGAGCUGCGGUCCAUGGCCGACCAGGGUACCAUCAAUUACCCUUACUCCACCCGAGAGGUUGUCAACAUAGUCAAACACCUCCAGAAAUUCCCCAAUGAGGGCCUGGCCAAUGUGGUGCGGAACGUCUUCGACUUCGAUUCAUACAACAAGGACAUGCAGGAGGUCCUGAUCGACGCGCUGCACAAACACGGGAUUCCCAUCGGAGCCAAGCCCAGCUCAGUCAGCCUGGCCAAGGAGUUGCCCCUGCCAGAGGUCAAAAUGUCAGGCUACUGGACCACAAACCAAGGGGGCAACGCUCGCCGUAAACUCCUCUGCCCCACAGAGACACACCCCAUAGACGUCAAGGGCCCAGUGUUCCUGCGUGUCCAGGGCUAUCCCUGUGACAGACAGGAGAGCAGGGCUCUGAGCUUCAGCGAGGAGAAAGCCCACUGGCAGAUCCCGAUGAGUGAGGUCAACAUCAUCUGUGAUCUCAUUACUAAAGACGACGUUAUCUACAUGGCAACAUGUAACCCAGUGUCCUUGUAUGCUAUGAAGGAGCGAGGUGAGACUAUCCACUGCAUGGAGCUGUAUGAUGUCUUCCCAAGGACUAUCAGUGGGGUCUGGCAGCCCUUCGUCACCUUAGCUGCUCUGGGAAGCCCCCUGGACGGACAGGUGGUGCUGCAUGAGGAGGAGAGUAACACGGUGCUUCAUCUAGACGUGGUAACUGGAGCUGUCCGUAGGCUCAUCCUGUCUCCGGACAAUGAACAGCAUGCCACCAAGGCCUCCAGUUGGUGGAAAAGCAGCAAACAGCAACAGGGAAGCUACAAAAUGUGCCGUGAUUUUUCUCACAAGAAUUGGCUUCUCUUCUACAGGGAGCAGGGCAACCAGCUGGAGGUGUUGGAUGUGCUGGAGGGUCGGGUCCACUUCAUCUCCCUGCCCAUAAACCUGAAGGCUGUCUUCCUGGUAGCAGAGGACCGCUGGCUAUUGGUGGAGAGUAACACUAACAAGAAGUUCCUCUUGACCAAGCCCAUGCAUAUGGAAGCGGAGGAGUCUGGAGUGUGUCAGCUCCAUACUAUCAGUGAGGACCCUGUCAGCUCGGGCCAUGGAGCCACAGCAGAAGGUGAGACAUGCACACCACAGAUGCUGUCAUAUGACCAGCUCCCCAGUGAGAAUCUGAGCGCCGCUCUGAACCAGAAGAUUGUCUCACCUAAUCGUCUUCUGGCCGACACUGGAUCCUACGCGCAGGUCAUUGUAGGCUUCCCAGACCUCAUGUCCCCAAAUGAGGUGUACAGCUUUAAGAGACCCACUGACCUAUCAGAAAUAAAGCCCAGUGACAGUGGAGAUCAUAUGUUGUUCAGGGGCGGACCUCGCUCCAGUACAUCCAAACGAAACAACUGUGUCAGUCUGCUGUCAGCCAAUCAAGUGGUCCGGGCCCUCCCACCGAACCAGGUGCCUCUGAGAGAAAUCUACCCCAAAGAUGUCACACCUCCAAUGACAGCAGCUUUCCUGGAGGUCACAGACCUGAACUCUAAGAAAGUCAAAUAUAUUCCCGUCCCAAGGUCAAUGACUGUGUCACCCUACUCCAAUUGGGUAUCGAAGGUGUCAGACUCUGACGUUUUAUUGGCCGGGCUGGGCUCUGGGGGCGCAGUGACAGUAGAUAUGGGUGGGUAUGUCCGACUGUGGGAGACAGGACUGGACAACCUUCAACGAUCACUGAUGGAAUGGAGGAAUAUGAUUGGGUCAGAGGAUGGCAGACCUAUUCAGAUUACCGUCCAGAGGGACAGUGGUCUCGAUGUCACCGCUCCAAAACAUGGCAAAAUUGACGCCAGAAACGACCCUCACAUUGGGGGAAACCAGUGGGCCGGGGGCACAGGGGGCAGAGACACAGCAGGUCUGGGUGGCAAGGGGGGUCCUUACCGUCUGGAUGCGGGCCACAAGGUCCACCAGAUUUCCCAGGCUGAAAAGGACGCCGUGCCCGAAGAUAUCCGCAGAGCAGCCCGUGAGAUGGCUGAGAAGGCCUUCAAAGACAGGUUAAAGGAGAUCGAUAUGAGUGAGUAUGAUGCUGCCACGUACGAGCGUUUCUCCAAGGCGGUCAGGAGACAGGUGCAGUCUCUACGCAUCAUCUUGGACAGCUUACAGGCGAAAGGGAAGGAACGGCAGUGGUUAAAGAACCAGGCUCUUGGUGAAUUUGAUGAUGCUAAAAUUAUCGAUGGACUGACUGGGGAGAAGGCCAUAUACAAACGCAGAGGAGAGCUGGACCCGGAGCCGGGCAGCCCUCAACAGAAGCCCAAGCGUUUGCGUGUGCUGGCAGACGUGUCGGGCAGCAUGUACCGGUUUAACGGUGUGGACAGCAGGCUGGAGCGCUCCAUGGAAGCUGUGUGUAUGGUGAUGGAGGCUCUGGAAAGCUAUGAGCACAAGUUCAAGUAUGACAUAGUCGGCCAUUCAGGUGAUGGCUACGACAUUGAGCUGGUCAGAGCAGACAAGCUCCCCAAGAACAACAAACAGAGACUCAAGGUUCUCAAGAACAUGCAUGCCCACGCUCAGUUCUGCAUGAGCGGCGACUUCACCCUGGAGGGCACAGAGGCCAGCAUCAGGGAGCUGGCACGAGAGGAGGCGGAUGAGCGCUUUGUGGUGGUGCUGAGUGACGCCAACCUGGAGCGAUACGGCAUCCGGCCUGAGCGCUUCGCCCGCGUGCUCACCUCGGACCCACAGGUCAACGCGUUCGCCAUAUUCAUCGGCUCACUGGGGGACCAGGCCGAGAGACUGCAGAAGACUCUACCAGCUGGCAGAUCCUUUGUGGCCAUGGACACCAAGCAGAUCCCCCAAAUACUGCAGCAGAUUUUCACAUCGACGAUGCUUUCUAGUGCCUGAUACGGACACUCAAACACACACAAGCAUUCACACACAUUCGCUCCUUAUUUCUCACAGACUACCAACUCUGAAACUUAUUGGACAUUGGCAAAGAAAUGUAUCACAAUGUGUCCUUAACCCACUCUGCACAUCAUAUCAUAUCAUAACAUAUCUUGGCCUGUAUCAGGAGUAUAGCCAAGGUAAGCCCCCCAAAUACUCUACUGUACAGGAAUGGACUACCUAGUUAGGCAGUUUAUUUGUUGUUUUCUGUUUAAUACCUUUUAAAACAAUCUUUAUAUGAAAUGAUAUGAUCUGAGGCGUUGUGUGCUGGCAUGACCAGGUCAGUUACCUUGUGCUGCUUUGUAGUGUCAUAGGUGGGGAUUACCAUUAUGAAGGAUGCUCUUGAAAGAGUCUGUUAUCUUUUGUCAUAAAACUUGUUCUCCGUACCGUGAUGACCCAAAUAACCCCAUUCGCUGUUGUUAUAGUAAAUAAAGGAAUGUGCUGACAAUGUG